UAUAGACUGACCUUGAAUUUUGGAGCCUACGCAUUCUAAAAUCCCAAUUUCUAAUGUCUGGUAUAAAAGCAAAUUGGAAGAUGCGAAUUAUUUGGAGUAUUGUUUUUGCUUUCUCAGAGGAACCAUCAAGCAUCAUUGAACUCAAAAUGUUUAAACUUGUCUUAAUCUCAGCCCUUUUAGGUUUUAUAACGGCAGCGGAUAUUGACAGAGCUGCAGAAGUUCGUAGCACCAUCAAUGAUGCUUCUGAUGCUAGUGGAAAUUUUGCAUACUCCUUCGAUACCACGAAUGGAAUAGCUGUUAAACAGGCUGGUACCGUUGGUGGUGUAAGUGGUGCAGCUGAAUGGGUGUCACCGGAAGGAGUUCCAAUCCAACUGACAUAUACUGCUGAUGAAAACGGAUACCAUCCUUCAGGUGCACAUUUGCCAACUCCACCACCAAUUCCAGAAGCUAUAUUGAGAGCUUUGGAAUAUAUUAGGACUCAUCCACCACCAAAGGUCGAUGUAGAACGUAUUCCAAUUGCAAUAAAACCAUUUAGGGGAUAAUUGCAAGCAAUUAUGUAAAUAUAAUUGAGUGUAAAUAAAUGAAAAUGAAAAUAAAAAUAUAUGAAUAUCAAAGUUUAAAAAUAUUAUAGAAGCAAAAA